AUGAGUAUUGCACGGCGUUAUCACACAGCAACUGUAUUAGCAAAUGGAAUGGUUUUAGUUAUUGGUGGAGCUUCUGAUCACGAUUUAGAGAUUGUCACAGAACUGUAUGAUCUAGCCACAGGAGUGUGGAUGAAUACUGGCAACAUGAGUGGUCAACGAUCCAAUCACAAAGCUUCUGUAUUAACAGAUGGAAAAGUACUAAUUACUGGUGGAAAACAUUAUGGAAAUGAUUUAGCGAGUGCAGAAUUAUACGAUCCAUCUACAGGUUUGUGGACAAAUGCUGGAAACAUGAGUACGGCACGAUGGCAAAACACUGCAUCUACAUUAGCGAAUGGGACAGUUCUAAUCGCUGGUGGGAAAGAUAGAGAACCUCUUCUAACUAGUGAACUAUACGAUCCAUCAACAGGAUUAUGGACAAAGACUGGCAACAUGGCGGAUGCACGAUAUCGACACACUGCGUCUGUAUUAACAAAUGGAAAAGUAUUAGUUGCUGGUGGAAUUGAUAUUCGUCCCCUUUCUAGUGCAGAAUUAUACGAUCCAUCAACAGGGUUAUGGACAAAGACUGAGAGCAUGAAAGAUGCACGAAUGUGGCACACUGCAUCUGUAUUAGCUAAUGGAAUGGUGUUAGUUACUGGUGGAAAUAGUCUCGAUGGUACAUUAUGUAGUGCAGAAUUAUACGAUCCAUCAACUGAAUCAUGGGUAAAUACUGGCAACAUGAGUGAUAAACGUAUUUUUCACACUGCAUCUGUAUUAAAGAAUGGGAAAGUGUUAGUUGUUGGCGGAGCUGAUCCUCGUUCUCUUUCUACUGCUGAAUUAUACGAUCCAUUAACAGGAUUAUGGACCAAAACCAUAAAAUCACUUGAUCAAUUAUCAAAAGAUAAAGAAAAAAUUGAUGGCAAGUGGUUUGGAUUUUGUUCAAUGCAAGGAUAUCGCCCAUCAAUGGAAAAUUUUCAUCAACAUUUAAAACAUUUAGAUGAUCAUUAUUUAGAAUUUCGCCGUGCAAUUAAAAAUGCUUUUAUUAAACUUGAUAAAAAUUUAAGAAAAAAUGAUUAUGAUAAUUGGGGUUCUGUAUGUAUUGCUUGUUUAAUUGGUCCAAAACAAAUCUAUUUAAUAAAUGUCGGUGAUGCUCAAGCUAUAAUUAUUUCAGACAAUGGAGAAAUAUUAGCAUCUGCUCAUGACCAUACGCUAGAUGAUCCAAAUGAAGAAGAACGUAUUCAAGAAGCAGGUGGUAAAAUAACACGAAAAUCACCAAAAGAUAUUUUACGUGUUGAACAACGUCUUGCAAUGAGAAGAGUUUUAGAAGAUUUUACUAUUGAUAAAAAUAUAGUAUCACCUAUUCCUGAUAUAAUUAUUUAUUCUCGAAAACCAUCUGCAGCAUUUAUUAUUCUUGCAUCAGAUGGUAUUUGGCAUGUUAUGUCGAAUGAACAAGCUGCUUCAUUUGUAAUUCAACGAAUAUCGACAACAGACUUACAUGAGAUGGCAUCACAAUUGUUAGAUCAUUGUUUAGAAAAACGAAGUCGUGAUAAUAUGAGUGUAUAUAUCAUUCAAGUUUAA